AUGGAGAAAAUGUGGUACUACAUUCUUGCAUAUGCAUUUCUCACCAUAGCCUUUGAAAACCCUUGUUUAGCCCAAAUGAGCCUUGCAACAGAUCAAACUGCCCUUCUUUCACUCAAACAACACAUCAUCUCUGACCCUUCUGGUUUACUUUCAACAAACUGGACUAAUUCGAGCUCCGUCUGCAGCUGGAUCGGCGUCUCUUGCAGCUCGCGCCACCAUAGGGUAUCCGCGUUGAAUCUCUCUUACAUGAAUCUCUCCGGCACCAUUCCACCACAGCUCGGGCGACUAUCCUUCCUCGUCUCCCUCAACCUCACCAGCAACCACUUCAGCGGAGCUUUGCCUCACGAGCUCUCUUUCCUUCACCGGUUAAAGUUCAUAACCCUCCGCCGUAACAACUUCACUGGAGUCGUUUCUCCUCUCUUUGGUCAAUUACCGAAGUUAGAGAGAUUAGACUUCCGCAACAACAGCUUCACAGGUUCCAUCCCCAAAUCUCUAUCAAACCUAACAAACCUUCAAUUUCUUGGCAUAUCCUUCAAUUCUCUGAGUGGAGAAAUCCCAAAGGAGUUAGGGAAACUCCAGAAUUUGCAGACUCUGGCGAUCGAAUUCAAUCAUCUCUCCGGUGCCAUACCAUCUGAGAUAUUCAACAUGUCGAAGCUCGUGAAUAUAGCGUUGACAGGAAAUGAAUUGAACGGAAGUCUUCCAGCAGACAUCUGA